AUGUUUCGCGCAGCCUCGCGGCGCGCCAGCGCCCAAGCUCAAAAGCUCGCCCCAGCACAGCGCCAGUCCUGGACACGGUCAAUAUACAGCAACAAUGGUCGACCAACUUUGCGCCCACGAUACAACAAUACCAAUGCUGAUCUCUUCACCAUUCCCCAUACCCGCCACCUCACCGUGGCCCAGAAGAUCCGUCUGAAAUACCGCGAAGCAUCCAAAGGCGUCUUCCGCAAGAAUCCGAUCUUGCUGCCCUUGGCCAUUUUCUCCGUGGUCGGCGGUAUCGCCGUCUUCGCAUACGUUUCCUACGUGGAAGUCACUCGUGUCCAGCCUCAGUACCAUAAGUUUCCCCAGCAAGUCGCCGACCAGCUUCGCACGGCGGUGUACUACACCGAGAUCGACCUGAACCCGCCCAAGGCGCUGAAGGCAUACAAGGAGGCACUCCGGAUCGCUGUGGAUAUGGGUAUGCAUCCGUUCUCGGACGAAGUGCUGGGCAUUAAGCUGCAGGUUGCGAUGAUGUUGGAAAAGUCUGGGCUGGUCAAGCCUGCAGUUGAGGUGCUGGAGCGGACGAAGACGGAGGCUUUGAACUGGAUUGAGGAAGGUCGCAAAGCAGAGGCUGCAGCAGCGGAUAAGUCUAAGACGGGACAAGCGCCCGUUAAAGCAAAAAUAUCUCCAGAAAAUGUCCAGAUCGAUGGCCUGGAGGAGGCUGAGAAGCAAAUGAAGGAGAUGCGGGAGUUUGAGGCGAGGCAGCGUGACCGGGCCUUGAAGAAGGUUGUCGGUAUGGAGAUGAAGCUCGCCGAAUUAUACUCAAGCGAGUAUAUCCAGGAUGAGAAGAAGGCCGAAGAUGCGCAAGUCGCCGCCGUGGAACUAUGCCUCAAAGAGAUGCACCGCCGGCAAUCGUUGGGCUUGCCUGUUGGAGGAGGGACAGCUGAUGAAGGAGAUAGCGAGGCAUGGCUGAACAUGACCGAGAUUGCCACAGCACUCGCAGAGCUCGCAGACACUUACACCGCAAAGGGCCGCAGCGAGCUUGCCAUGCCCUUGUACCUACGCGCGUUGGAAAUGAUCCGCGUUGCAGAGGGUGACUCGCCCUCUUGCAAGCAGGUUGUUCUGCUGAACAGCGUCGCCAGCGCCAUGGCAGGACAGGCGCAGGUGCCAGCUAAGCCUCGUUCUGGAGAGAAGCAGACUGUCUCGCGGGAGCAGACUAUCGAUGCUGCCCGCCAAUGGGCUCAGAAGGCUAUUGAUGUUGCGGCGCAAAUUCAGUCGCCUGUGCGCAACGAGGAGUGCGAUAUGACGUGUGUGGCCGCAACGUAUAACUUGGGUGAGAUUGCGGAGCUACAGAACAAGCUGGACGUUGCUCAGCAGCGAUAUACAGAAGCGAAGUUUCUAGCACAAGGGUUGGGCUACGAGGAAGGGGUAUCCAUGGCUGGGGAAGCCCUGAAGAGGCUCGAAUAA